AGAAUCACCUCAAAUAAAUUGCUGCAGCAUUAUUGUUUAUUUUGAAGGAAAUAAAUUUGCACAUUGUUGAGAGGAAAUGGCCGCUCUUCCCGAUCCUAGCGCACUUGGCUACAAUAUUGCCCGGGAUCCCAACUUGGUAAAGAAUCGCAUUUUCGUUGGCAAUCUGCCGACUUGUACGUGCGAAGAGCUCGAGAGUAUUUGUCAUCCGUAUGGAAAAGUUUUGGGCUCGUUGGUGAAAAAGAAUUUUGGUUUUGUGCAAUUCGAAAAUGAAGAAGUGGCCAACAAAUGUGCGUCCGCACUAAAUAAAUCCACAUUCAAAUCGAAUGCGCUCACAGCGCGCAAUGCGAGCAUCAAGGCAAAGGCAGUCAAUGCCAAGAAACUCAAUUCGAAUGCAAUGCAUAAUCCAGGAGUCGUUCCAAUGUCUAUCCAAGGAGGCAUUGUUAUGUCUGCCGCCGAUGCAGCGACUGUUGUGCCCAUCAACGAUUGUGAGAUCAUCGUCCUGAAUCGUUUGAAUACCAAAUAUGCGGAGUAUAUUGAGGAUCGACUGCGGAAGGUUGGCAUGCGGGUGGAUGUACUGUAUCCGAAUGAGGAUGUCAUGCUGGGACAUGUGCUGAGCAACAUUUCGGCUCGCGGCUGCCUCUACGCAGUGCUGGUUACGCCACAGCAUGCGGCCCUAAAUAGCAUCACAAUCCACAUUUUGAAUGGCGUGCAAGCCGAGCAUCGCAAUAUGCCGCGGGAGGAGGCAAUCACAUUGAUUGCCACCGACUUUCGGCUGAAGAAGCAACGUGACGCGGUCACCGCAUCCCAGCUGCACGCCAAACAGGGCAACAGACAUCCCGAGUCCAUGCAGCAAUUAAUCGAAAUGCUGGCGAGCAAUCGUCAACUGACUGGAUUGCAGUACGAGUGCAUUAUCAAGUAUCUGGAGAAGCAGCGGGAGCAGCAGCUCAAGCUGGAGCUGGGCGAAUUCAAUGAGUUGGCAAUGCUUCAGACGCCCGAUCCAGAAAUCGAGCUUCAAAAGAAGAUCCUCGAUAUUAUGAAUAAGCCAGCGGUGACCGAGUUCAGCUGCGAGCUGAUGUAUCCCACGUUCGAGGCAGCCAAGGCAGAUAAGCGACUCAUGGAGAUGCUGCACGAUGCGCGGGUCUUGAAAGCCCUGGCGAGCCUCUACAACUCGGAUUUAGUGGAUACCGUCUGGCAAUACUUGUAGAAAAUAUAACUUUAGCUUUAACUUUAUUAAUCAGAAAUAAAAUAUAACUAGGGCCAGGAUUGCUUGACCUCAUGUCCCCCAUAUUUGCGACGAUACUUGA